ACCAGGGGGGUGUUUCACAAAGAGUCGCACUUAGUAAGUCGCACUUAGCGUUAAUCUCACUAAGUGUGACUUACCCUAAGUGUGACUCUCACGGAGAAGCAAAGUCUGUUUCACUAAGUCGUACUUAGGCUAAGUGCGACUCAUAUUGCUUCAAUAUUAAACGGACGAGCCUGAAUCAUUUGCAUACUCAUGCAUAUUCAUGCCAACAGAGAAAAAGUGUCUGCCGAGAUUUACCGCGCUCAUCUCUCUAAAUCUUGUCGUCUGUUUUGGACUUGAAGAGAGCAGGGAUAGCUAGCACAGGAACAUGGCUUCUCCUAUUCCGAAGAAAAGAGAAAGGAAAGCCAACUUUUCUACAGAAGAACAGUAUGCGAUGGUGACAUUCGUCAGCCAAAAUACACAGGCCCUGUUCGGAAAGGCAGGAUUUUGUGGGAAACGGGUGGAGGAACGGAAGCAGAAGGCAUGGGAGCAGUGCGAGGCCUUGUUGAGAGCCGCUGGUGGAUGCCAGCGUGAAUGGAAGGACGUCCGUAAAAAAUGGCAGGAGCUGAAGACCAGGGCCCUGGCAUGCAGGUCGAAGUCCAAAAUGACAGGAGGAGGACCAGCACCUCAUAUGACGGUAGUUUUUGAAAGGGUGUUGGAGGUGCUGGCCCCCCAGUGCAAAGAUGGGAUCUGUGGGUCCGAGGAUGAGGCCGGCGUAGAUGACAGCCAGGAAUUUCCAGAAAUUGACCCCGAAAUAGACAUAGAUCUCCUGGCAGGAGCCAUCCAGGAUGCUGAUGAUGAGGCAGGUUCCAGUGAUAGAGUGAUGAGGGCUGGACCAAGUGUUUUUAUUCCUCCAUCAACCCCUCUACCAUCAAUCACUCUACCACAGGAACCACAGGAACCACCUCCUCAUCAGCAUCCUGGGUGCUUGCCCUGCCAGUCCCACCAGAACAAAAUGCUGGAGACAAUUUCAAGCCAAUUAGAAAUCAUUAUUUCUCUCCUAAAAAAAAAGGAAGAGUAAUUAUUUUCUAUUUUCCAUUUUUUAUUUUGUUUUGACUUUAUUAAAUCACUUGUUCUUGCUUUCAAAAAUUAAAAACAUCCGCAUUUUGGGUUUCCAUAAAUUAUUCCAUUCUCUGAUUAAACAAAGAGAUUUGGAGAAUACUAUAUAUUUGGAAUAUUUGGAAUAGUUAAAUAAUUUUCUUCAAUGUAAAUUUUCUCCAGCAUUUUGUUCUUCUAAAGACCUGGUUAACCUUUUGUAUCCUUUUAUUUUUUGUUAAAUUAUUAUAUAAUUAUGAUGGUGCAAAAGUGCUAACCAGGCUUUAUUAGGGAAUCAUAAAAAUAUAACUACCGUUUCAAUGUCAUCGUUGUUCAAGACCGGCCUCAUCUUAGAUUAUUCAAUUCCCUCUAAAUACAUCUUUGGUGUAUUUAAAGUUUUAUCUGUCAUUUUUGGACUUGGACAUGCAUGCAAGUUCCUUGGUCUUCGACUCCUGCCAUUUCUUCCGUACAUCUUUCCACUCGCGCUGGCAUCCACCAGCAGCUCUCAGCAAGGCCUCGCACUCCUCUCAUGCCUUCUGCUUCCGUUCCUCCACCUCACCACCGAAAGGAAAUGAUAUGUUCUCAUUUUUACAUUAUUAGUAGGUGACUGUGCCAUCUGGAAUUAGUAUGAUAGAAAGUGUCAUUGGAACAGUGACAAGUUUUUUUUCUUCCCCUAUACGUUUUGAAAGGACUGAAUGUAUUAUAAACUCUUUCAAUUAUUUGCUCUGAAAUGUGCAAGAUGGGUUAGGAAACCUCAUAGAUUUUAAUAUAUCAAUAAUAUAGACGUUCAGAGCAUAACAUUUUAAGGUUUAAAUUAUUUCAUUGAUUCAUAUUGAAAAAAGAUAGUAUAUCUAAUGAACUUUUUUAAUUGGAUUGGAUUUAAUAUUAUAAAAAACUGUAAAUAGCUUUAUAUUGUAGCUUGUUUGGAAACAAGAUUUCACCACAUUCCUACAUUGUAUUAUAUCUGAUAGGAUUGUUUCAUUUUUUUUAGUUUUGUACAUAUAAGUGUAAAUUAUUCAAAAUUAUUGAUGACUAUUUAUCUAAUUUAUCAGCAUAACUUAUUAAAGUUUCUUGAAGAAAUGUA